AUGCCGGGCAUCAUCGAGGAGGCACUCGUCGCGUACACCUACGUCGGGGUGUGGAUCGGCAUGAGCGCGGGGGUCAUCCUCUACAACAAGUACAUCCUGACCGUGUUCGGCUUUCCGUUCCCGGUGGCGCUCACCAUGAUGCACAUGGCCUUCUGCUCCGCGCUCGCGUUCGUCCUUGUCCGCGUGCUCGGCGUGGUGAAAGGCAUCAACAUGAGCCGGGAGACGUACAUCGCUAAGAUCGUGCCCAUCGCGGGGCUCUUCGCGGUGGUGCUGUGGAUGGGGAACACCGCGUACGUCUACCUGAGCGUCGCUUUCAUCCAGAUGGUCAAGGCGCUCAUGCCGUGCGUGGUGUACACCGUCGGGUGCGUUUUCAAGGUGGAGACGUACAAAAAGGAGACGAUGAUGAACAUGGCAGUCAUCGCGCUCGGCGUCGGGAUAGCGUCCUACGGCGAGCUCAACUUCAACCUCACCGGGUUCAUGCUCCUCAUGGGGUCCAUCGCGUGCGAGGCUGUGAGGAUCGUGUCCAUACAGAUGCUGCUCACCAGCGCCGACAUCAAGCUCAACAGCGUCACCACGCUGUACUACGUGUCUCCCGCGUGUUUCGUGUUCCUCCUCGCCCCGUUCGCGUUCAUCGAGGCGCCGCGGUUCGCGUCGGGUGCGGAGGACGUCAACCUCAAUCCCGUCGUGUUGGGAAGCAACGCGGCGCUCGCGUUUGCGCUCAACAUAUCAGUCUAUCUGCUCAUAGGCAAGACCAGCGCGCUCACGAUGAACGUGGCGGGAGUCAUCAAGGACUGGAUGCUGAUAUUCAUCUCUUCCGUGAUGUUCGACGCGCCCAUCAGCAGCCUGCAGCUGUGGGGAUACCUUCUCGCCUUCGCGGCGGUUUGCUAUUACAAUUACCAAAAGUAUCUGGAGCGGGUCGCCGCGGAGGCGGCGAAGGGCGCGGGGGGCAAGGCCGUGAAGCUGGACGACAGGGAGGCGAGCGGGGGAAUCGAGAUGACCAAGCAGAUCACGGUCAACGGCAACGCCGUCCCCAACAGUAAGCCGUAGCGUCACCGUGUAGUAGUCUACUUUAUUGCCAAAAAAAAAUCGCGGC